GCAGAGACCCACAGUUCAAAUGCUUCAUCAGCGCUGAGAGUCCUGACUGCUUCUUUAAGAGAUUUUUAUCGGGACAUUCAUCUCCAUUCAGCCAUGGGAGUUGCAUAUAGCGUUGGAGAGGUUGACCACCUCUACACAUUCUUUGCGCAGUGGUCACCAGAGGUCUGCCACAAAGGCGACAAGAACCAGUGGAAACCGCAUUACGUCAUCAAAGACAAAAAUCAGAACCACAUUCUGGUUGUGGAGAAGGACAUUGCAGCGAUCAAUGAGAUCCUCAGCAAGCCCAUCAACACCGCCGCUAAAAAGUGGGAGAUCAUCACUGUGAAAGACUCCAAACGUCGCCAGAGUCUGUGCAGCUCAGACGACUCUGAGGCAGAAGAACUCAGUUACAACGAUGUUCUCCCUGUCCUCAGCGACCACAGCCUUCUGCUAGAUGACCACCACCUGGAAAAAGUUAGUAAAACUAACUUUCACAUUAAACUAGCUGGACAUUUGGUGCAGAUCACAAUCAUCAGAGGUUUUUCUCUGAAACAUGCCAGUUUAUGGGCAAACAUCAGGCCAGAAGGAAUUCCCGUGCUGAAGCCAGCCACACCUGUGGUCAAUUGGCUGCUGCUGAUUAUUCGCGUGUGGCUCAACCCUUAA